GAAAAACACACACAAACAAACUAAAUAAUCCAAAAGGAGACAGAAGUAACAUGGCUUUCAAAUACCCUGAAGCUCGAAGGGAUGAGAGUAAGGUGGACGACUACCAUGGUACCAAGAUUCAAGAUCCCUACGCUUGGCUGCAGGAUCCUGACAGCGAAGAAACCAAGGCAUUUGUGGAAGAACAGAAUAAGUUGACUAUGCCGUACCUGGAACAGUGUACCGUCAAAGACCGGUUCCACCAACGCCUGACCGAACUCUAUGACUAUCCUAAAUACAGUUGCCCUUACAAGAGAGGCCAAAGAUAUUUCUAUUUCCAUAACCAAGGCUUGCAGAACCAGGAUGUCCUUUAUGUUCAGGACUCUUUGGACGCACCAGCCACAGUCUUCUUUGACCCAAACAAACUGUCAGAGGAUGGCACAGUGGCCUUAAAGAUGGGGCGUUUGUCUGAGGAGUGUGAAUAUUUUGCUUAUGGUCUGAGCACCAGUGGCUCAGACUGGGUGACGGUGCGCUUUCUUAAGGCCGACGACCUCUCAGAGUUGCCCGAUGUUCUGGAGAGGGUCAAAUUCAGCUGUCUGGCCUGGACACACGAUGCCAAGGGCAUCUUCUACAACUCCUACCCGCUCCAGGAUGGCAAAGCUGAUGGAACUGAGACCACAUCCAACCUUAACCAGAAACUUUUCUAUCACGUCAUCGGAACCAGCCAAUCAGAGGACGUGCUGGUGGCUGAAUUUCCCGACCAUCCUAAAUGGCACAGCGGUGUGACGGUGUCUGAUGAUGGCAGGUAUGCUGUGCUGAGCAUCACUGAAGGUUGUGAACCUGUCAAUCAGUUGUGGUACUGUGAUCUUCAGCAGUUACCCAAUGGCAUCUCAGGUCUGUUACCGUGGGUUAAGCUAGUGGAUAAUUUCGAAGCGCAGUAUUCCUACAUCACCAACGAGGGAAGUGUGUUCACCUUCCGCACAAACCUGGAUGCACCGCGAUAUCGCCUCAUCAACAUCGACCUUCAGAAGCCGGAAAAGGCCAGCUGGACCACCCUUAUCCCCCAGCAUGAGAAAGACGUCCUGGGCUUUGUGGCCUGUGUGAACCAGCACCAUCUACUGGUCAAUUACGUGCAUGACGUUAAAGACAUCUUGCAGCUGUGUGAGCUCUCGACGGGAAAGCUGAUCCGUGACCUGCCCCUAGACGUAGGCACCGUGGCGGGCCUAAGCUGUAAGAAGAAACAUCCAGAUUUCUUCUACAAAUUCACCUCCUUCACCACGCCAGGUAUCAUCUAUCAUUGUGAUUUGAGCAAGCCUAACCCAGAGCCCACUGUCUUCAGAGAGGUGGAGGUGAAAGGCAUCCAGCCGUCUGAUUAUGAGACCAACCAGGUGUUUUACCCCAGUAAGGAUGGUACAAAGAUCCCUAUGUUCCUGGUACAUGCCCGUGGAAUUAAAAAAGAUGGCUCUCAUCCAGUCUUUCUCUAUGGAUAUGGAGGCUUUGAGAAUUCCAUCCAACCUUACUACAAUGUUGCAUACCUGCUCUUUGUGAGACAUCUGGGUGGUAUCCUGGCAGUGGCUAAUAUCAGAGGAGGUGGAGAAUACGGUCAGACCUGGCACAAAGGAGGAUCUUUAGGGAACAAACAGAACUGCUUUGAUGACUUCCAGUGUGCAGCCGAGUACCUGAUCCGUGAGGGCUACACCACACCCAGUCACAUCGCCAUAAAUGGAGCCUCCAACGGGGGCCUGCUUGUUGGGGCAUGUGUGAAUCAGCGUCCAGAUCUGUUUGGCUGUGCCGUGGCUGAGGUCGGAGUGAUGGACAUGCUUAAGUUCCACAAAUUCACCAUCGGACACGCCUGGACUACAGACUACGGCUGUGCUGAUAACCCUGAUCAAUUUCAAUGGCUUAUCAAAUACUCCCCCCUUCACAACCUCCCCCCCGCCCCGCGGGACGACCUGUCCUACCCGGCCGUGCUGCUCCUGACGGCGGACCACGAUGACCGGGUCGUGCCCCUGCACACCCUCAAGUACGUGGCCCAGCUGCAGUACGGCGUGGGCCGCAGCCCCGGGCAAAAACAGCCCCUCCUGGUGCGCGUGGACACACGCAGCGGACACGGCGCGGGCAAGCCGACCUCCAAGGCCAUUCUGGAGGACGCGCACAUCUUCUCCUUCAUCGCUCAGACGCUCGGCCUCACCUGGAAAGAGUGACAGAAGAGACACAGAGGGGAGUGAAAGGGAGAGAAGG